AUGCCUACAGAAAAUACAAACCGAUUGUGCAGAGGGAUUGAUGAUAGUUCCAAUGUGGCCAACCCAGAGUUGGUAUCCCAAACUUCUUCGCAUGUUAGUGGCUGCUCCAAGAGUGUUACCACAACAACGAACUGCCUUACAAAUGCCGGGGAUGCCACAAGAAAUCCACCCCCAAUUCAGGAAAAUGGUUCUGAUUGCAUGCAGAUUGUCCGGCAGUCCUAUGAGACACAAGGAAUUUCUCAAAAGGCAACCUCCAUCAUCUUACAGUCCUGGAGGAAAGGAACUACAAAGCAGUAUUCAUCUUACAUCAAAAGAUGGACUACAUAUUGUCAUAAAAAACAGAUUGAUCCAGUUCCUGCCACUGUCCCCCAGGCACUAGAUUUUUUAGUGGAGCUAUUUGAGUCAGGCAUCGGUUACAGUGGUAUUAACACUGCAAGGUCUGCUCUAUCCAGUGUCUUAAAGCCUGUGGACGGGAUGACUUUUGGAGCACAAGAGAGUGUUAAGAGGUUCUUAAAAGGAAUUUACGAAGCAAGACCCUCCAACCCAAGAUAUACUGAGACAUGGGAUGUGAGCAAGGUUCUGAACUAUCUUAAGACAAUCUCUAUUACAGACUGCUCACUAAAGGAUCUGACUUUAAAAUUAGUCACUUUAAUGUCAUUAGUAUCAGCUCAACGGGGGCAGACAAUUCACUACUUGUCUUUGGAGGACAUGGUUGUUUCAGAAACUUCUGUGACUUUUAUUAUCUCCAGGCCUAUUAAACAGUCUAAGCCAGGGUCGAAACCCACUGUUGUUAAGUUUGAAGCUUACCCGGACAACCCUAACAUUUGUGUUGUCACUACCUUGAAGGCAUAUCUUAAUCGUACCUCUUCUCUACGUGGAGGUGCACAACAAUUGUUUAUUAGUCAUUACAAGCCAUUUAAACCAGUUUCCCGGGACACCAUCAGUAGAUGGGUCAAAGCUGUAAUACAAAAGUCAGGAAUUGAUGUAAACCUUUUCAAGCCCCACAGUACUAGGGCUGCCGCAACAUCUAAGGCUUUGUUGAAAUCUGUACCAUUAGAGCACAUCCUAUCAGUUGCAGGAUGGAGCUCAUCUGACACUUUUGCAAAGUUUUAUAGCAAGCCUGUUAUUAACACAGAUAGCUUUUCUAACGUUUUGUUACAAGAGUAA